AUCAGAUGUGGAGAGCAAAGCGCGCGCGCAUGAAAUCAGCCAGAAAUAGUUGCUAUUCUGUCUUCACCUUUGGACUGAUCCACUUUUAUUAGGGCUGUUAACAAAGUCUAUCCUCAUGUUAAAGGAACUUAUUUACAUCUGGAACAUUUCCUUAAUGUGACCUAAUAACAAAAGCACGCGAUCUUUCCAAUUAUAGAGCAGGAUUAACACCUCAAAAAUGUGCGAAAAAGCUGAUAAUCAUAUCGACGUUCAGACUGAUGGAAACUUGGAAGUCUCCGGUGUUACCAGCACCCGGUUGUACCGGAGAAGAUGGGUCAUUCUGCUGCUCUUCAGCUCGUACUCGCUGUGCAACGCGUUCCAGUGGAUCCAGUACAGCAUUAUCAACAACAUCAUCAUGAAGUUCUACCAGGUGUCCUCGUUCGCCGUUGACUGGCUGUCGAUGGUCUACAUGUUGACUUACAUCCCCUUCAUCUUCCCGGUGACCUGGCUGCUGGAGCGGAAGGGGCUGCGGGUGGUCGCGCUGCUCGCCGCCUCCAUCAAUUGCGCGGGCACGUGGAUCAAAGUGGCCAGCGUUCAGCCAAGCCUGUUCUGGGUGACUAUGGUUGGGCAGUUCGCCUGCUCCUGCGCGCAAGUCUUCAUCCUGGGCAUGCCGUCUCAGGUGGCGUCCGUGUGGUUCGGGUCCGAUGAGGUGUCCACCGCCUGCGCCAUCGGCGUGUUCGGAAACCAGCUUGGCAUUGCUAUUGGCUUCUUGGUCCCGCCAGUUCUCGUGCCGAAUGUGGAGGACAUGGGUGAAUUGGCCGAACACAUCAGCAUCAUGUUCUACAUCACAGCUGCCGUGGCCACACUCAUCUUUCUGCUGGUGGUGUUUGUGUUUCAGGAGAAACCCGAAACACCUCCAUCUCUGGCUCAGGUCGCUCUCAGAAACAUGCCUACGGGACAGUCCUCAUACCUGGCGUCCAUCGCAAGACUGAUGUGCAACAAACCCUUCAUCCUCCUCCUCAUCAGCUACGGACUGAAUGUCGGCUCUUUCUAUGCAGUUUCCACCUUGUUGAACAGGAUGAUAAUAGAGCAUUACCCUGGUGAAGAGGUGAAUGCUGGGAGAAUUGGCUUGACUCUCGUAGUCGCUGGAGUCGUCGGCUCUCUGAUCUGCGGAGUCUGGCUAGACAAAACCAAGACUUACAAGCAGACGACACUCUCAGUGUAUCUUCUGUCAUUUGUGGGGAUGCUGAUCUACGCCUUCACCCUGAACUUGGGUCAUUUGUGGCUUGUGUUCGUCACGUCAGGAGUGCUGGGGUUCUUCAUGACAGGUUAUCUGCCGCUAGGUUUUGAGUUUGCUGUGGAGCUCACCUAUCCCGAGUCAGAGGGAACUUCAUCAGGACUGCUCAACUGCUCCGCGCAGGUGUUUGGAAUCGCAUUCACCAUCAUUCAAGGUAAAAUCAUUGAUCACUUCAGCACACUAGCCGGAAACAUCUUCCUCUGCGUGUUCCUGCUCAUCGGCUCCAUCAUGACAGCAUUCAUAAAGUCUGACCUGCGGCGACAGAAGGCCAAUCAGGAGACCAGUGCCAAUGCUGACUCAUCUGUUCAUCCUCAAGAUGGAAAAUCAUUACCAAUAAAAGAGGUGAAGAUGUAAAGACUCAACAUGUUCUGUGCACAACACUAAUGAAACACGACACACGACUGAAAACUCAACACUUGUUUUAUCUGGAUUAUAUGUGGGCUGCGUUUAAUCAUUCCUGAAGUAUGGCUUAUGAACAGUUCACAUGCUUUCUUUCUGAAUGAGGCUGAAUAUGCUGUAAGUGUUGCUCUAGAUGUGUUCAGGUAAGAUGUUGAUGCUGGACAUCACAAUAUAAUUGUUAUAGGUGGCUGAAAAUUUGGUGCAUGCCUAUUUAUUAACACGUGACCAUUGACUUGUAUUAUAUGAAUCACCAAAGUCCACAAAUUCAGCAAAAAUCUUUAGUCCUCCACUGAAGAAAGAGAGGCACCUACAUUUGUAAUGGCCUGAGGGUGAGUAAAUUAACUGUAAAUUUAAUUUUUU